AUGGAUAUUUUAAACGAUGAUUGUUUGGUGAAUAUCUUCAAUAAUGUACCAGAACUUCGAAAUCAGGUUCAAAUCUCUCGAGUUUGCAAACGCUUCGAAGCGAUCAUCAGGCGUAUGUGGCGCUCGCAGAAAUGCUAUCGAACACUUAAUUUAUCAGAAUGGUUUGGUUGGCUGCCAGAAAUACAAGAUCUAACAUAUUUUUUGCAUUCAGUACGUACUAGCUUGACGUCUAUAGUGAUUGGCGAUGAAACCUUAAACAAGUUUUUGCUUAACAUAAAGCAAAUUUUAAAAGCAAAGGAGAAGAUUUGUGGACCUAUCAGUAGCACGGUCUGCCUGCCAAGUGUACAACAUUUUGAGGGUGAGGAAAAAUCGUUAUAUAGCAUGAUUACUGACAGCGAUAUGAAGAUACUCGUACGAACUGUUCCAAACCUACUCUCACUGCAUCUGAGAGAACCAUUAAGUGGCCGAUAUGUUUGUGAUUUCCUAAUGUUGGAGGAGUUGUAUUUGUACGUGCCAUCAAAUAACGUUUUGGAAAUUGAAAAUACCCAUUUUGAGGCAAUCUGCAUCCGUUUAAAAUAUUUGCGAAUUUUAGAUGUGCGCAGAUAUGACGGAAAGAGUCAUUUGGAUUUGACACCUGUGUUGAAUUGUGAUAAUUUAGCAGUUCUUAAAGUAAAUCUACAUCCGCUUAAAAAAUGUCUUCCUCAAGUUCUGCUGAUGCCAAAACUAGUAUCACUCAACGUAAUGCUGGAUUCUGAGAUCGACGUUGGAAGUAUUCAGAAUGUAGAUACGCAUGAUUUUAAUAUAUACGAAACAGUAGAAUUCCAUGAUGUAUUAAAAAAUCAAGAUGGAAAGUUGCUUUAUCAAAUAAUGGAUGUACUCAAGAAACAGGAUAGAAAUAAUGCAUUACAUAUCUAUUACAUGAUGAGUGGCUUAGAGGAUGAAGUGCGAAAAAUGAAUACCAAAAUUUGGCAAGCACUAGGCUUGGUUGAUUUAUCAAUGGAUUUCCCAGCUGGAUCUGAAAAAGGGCUGAGUUAUGUAUAUCGGGGAUAUGAAUUUGAUUUCGUUUGUAAUAUGUCCUAG